AUCACCAUCUUACACUUCCACGCUAGUUUAACUUGUCUCUCUCUAGAAAGAAACCAUGACAAAAGAUGAUUCUGGUUCCUCCCCCGCCAAGGACUACCAUGAUCCGCCAUCGGUACCAUUGAUGGACCCCCAUGAGCUCACAAAAUGGUCUUUUUAUAGAGCAUUGAUAGCUGAGUUUAUUGCUACAUUUUUGUUUCUUUAUAUUACGGUGUUGACUGUUAUUGGCUACAAGAGCACUACUGACCCUGCUGCGUUGAAUGCUGACCAGUGCGGUGGUGUUGGUAUUCUUGGUAUUGCUUGGGCUUUUGGUGGCAUGAUCUUUGUGCUUGUUUACUGCACCGCUGGUAUCUCUGGAGGUCACAUUAACCCAGCGGUGACGUUUGGUUUAUUCCUGGCUCGUAAAGUGUCAUUGAUCCGAGCCAUCAUGUACAUGGUGGCUCAAUGUUUAGGAGCCAUUUGUGGUGUGGGCUUAGUCAAGGCUUUCAACAAAAGCCUCUACAACCGGUACGGUGGAGGAGCCAACGAACUAGCCGCUGGCUACUCCAAAGGCACUGGACUGGGUGCCGAAAUCAUCGGCACUUUCGUCCUCGUCUACACCGUCUUCUCCGCCACCGAUCCCAAGAGGAGUGCCCGAGACUCGCAUAUUCCUGUUUUGGCGCCUCUUCCGAUUGGGUUCGCGGUGUUCAUGGUGCACCUUGCCACUAUUCCGAUCACUGGAACCGGUAUUAACCCUGCUCGGAGUCUUGGAGCCGCGGUCAUCUACGGCAAGGAGAAAGCUUGGGAUGAUCAGUGGAUAUUCUGGGUGGGACCGUUGGUGGGUGCAACGAUUGCAGCCUUCUACCACCAGUUUAUAUUGAGAGCUGGUGCUGUCAAAGCUUUUGCUUCAUUCAGAAGCAGCACUCAUGUUUGAGAUUUUAUUUCCCAAUUGUUGGUAUUGUAUUAUCUUUCAAACACAAAAUUUUAAGAAUUUAUGUUUGGAUUUACGCUUUUUAGUAUUGAAACCAAUGUUUAAUGUUGUGUGGAUGGAAGGGUUUUGAGUGCUAGACUAUAUAUAUUUAUGUUGAUACUUUAAAUAUGUGAUAUAAAUCAUGCAGUCACUCGUUUGUUUCAGAUUAUAUAUAAAAACCGUGAAUCAAAUACUA